CCCUGCCCAGCCACACGUGCGGGAACCCGGGCCGGCUGCAGAAYGGGGUCCAGCAGGGCACCACCUUUGGCAUCGGGGACCGCGUCCGCUACAGCUGCAACCCCGGAUUCUUCCUGGAGGGCCACGCCCUGCUCACCUGCCAGCCUGGCACRGGCCACGGCGCCUCCUGGGACUUCCCACUGCCCGUCUGCAGAGCCGACGACGCCUGCGGGGGGACCCUGCGGGGUCAGAGCGGGAUCAUCUCCAGCCCCCACUUCCCCCUGGAGUACGGCAACAACGCCGACUGCACCUGGACCAUCCUGGCYGAGCCCGGCGACACCAUCGCCCUGGUGUUCGUGGAGUUCCAGCUGGAGGACGGCUACGAUGUCCUGGAGGUGGCUGGAACCGAGGGAUCCUCGCUCUGGUUCACCGGGAUGAAUUUGCCGGCGCCCGUGAUCAGCAGCAAGAAUUGGCUGCGGCUGCACUUCACCUCGGACGGCAACCGCCGGCAGAAGGGGUUCAGCGCGCAGUACCAGGUGAAGAAGCAGAUGGAGCUCAAAUCCAGGGGGGUGAAGCUGAUGCCCAGCAAGGACAACAACCAGAAGACAUCCGUGUGUAAGUCCCGUGGCUCUUCCUUUUUUGGAUAA